AUGGCCUAUGUUUGGGAGCAGGUGUCCAGACAGGAGACUGCGAUCCGGCGAAUCACGCUGGAUCCAGUAGGAGGCGGCGCAGCUUCCAGCCUGACGGCAGAAGCACCUCCUCCAGCUGUCGUGGCUGUGGGCAUCGAGUUAGCCAGAGUCGAGGCAGUGGCUCUGGGAUCCCUUCGAGGAGUGCGCUUCACCUGGAAGAAGGAUUUGAGCGCACAGCUUCAGCCGAAGCCAGCUGUGCUGUGCCCUGAUGCAGCAACCAUGCCAGCGGAGGCAUUGUCGGGCAUUUCACUCCUGCUUCGCUGCGACACAACGGCGCGAAUACCUGCACCGGUGGCGCGGACCGAUGCAACAGGAAAUGUCCACUUGGAGCAUUUACGUCUCGCAGAACGGUCCAUCGGCGCCUUUGAGCCGAUGGCCGUCUGUGGAGUGCUGGAUCUGCAAUGGCCGACUUUGAUGGCCUGUCCACCCUGCCAAGCCCAAGACUUCGCAGCUCAGCCUGGCCAGUGUGACGAAGAGCAGAUGCGCUUGGUCACCUUCAAGCUGAUGAGGCCCUGCAUCGGCGGGAUGUCGGUGCCUCCGGGUUACAAGGAGAGCUGCGUGGGGGACGACGUGAGAAGCAUCGUCAAGCACGUUGGCAAGGCGGUCAAAGAAAAGUACCCCUUGCGAGCCGCCCUGAUUUCCGUGGCUUCGGUGCUAUUGGGCUGCACUCUGAUCUGCUAUGCGACUCAUCUGCACAGGACCUAUCGCCAGCAAUACCUGCAAGAUGGCGGCCUGUGA